AUGAGACCCCCGGCGUCGCAUUUCCUCCUCCUCCUGUCUGCCUUGGCGGAGGGCGCGCUGGCCGCACCAGAUGCCGACAAGACCACUCCCGUCGCGCCAUGCACGGCCUCGUCGACGAGCGGCGCGUUCUUCGACCUGAGCCCGGACAUGGCCGUCGCGCCGGCGGAGGGAGCUAAGCCCAAGAAGGGUGUGCCGUCGACGGACUACCACGCGCGAGGCCACGACUACGGAUACAACUUCACAUUGAACAUAUGCGCCGCAGUGGUGGACCCCGUGAAAGAUGUGAUUGGGAUCGAAAAGGCAGACUGGAGGAAUGUCAGCGCGUACUACGAAUCCAAGGGGAAGGUCUUCUCAUUAGGACAGCAAACAUCGGUCCUCAAGCCUCGCGGCCGAGAGCUUGUCCUCCAGUACACCGGCGGCUCGCCGUGCGGACCCGUAGAAGACGAUAGCUUCGCCCUCGCCAAGCGCCGCUCUACGAUCCACGACGGCGCAUCAUACAAAUCAUACCAAGACGACGACGACGACCUCAAAUCUCCCAAGAGCAAAGGAGUUACCGCGAGCAAGUCCAAGUCGAAGCGCCAGCGCAAGUCGGCCACCUUCUCCCUGAUCUGCGACCGCGAGUCGCUCAACAACUUUGCCACCGUCUCCUUUGUCGGCGCCGACCCCAACGAGUGCGCCUACUUCUUCAAGGUCCGCUCCAUCCACGCCUGCGCCGGGGCCGAGCCCCACAAGCCCGGUAGUGUCGGUCCGGGAGGGGUGUUUGCCAUCAUUCUCUUCAUUGCCGUGCUGGUCUACAUCAUCGGCGGCAUAUUCUACCAGAGGACGGUGGCGCAUGCCCGUGGCUGGAGGCAGCUGCCCAACUACAGCCUUUGGGCCGGCAUCUGGAGCUUCAUUCAUGACACCUUUAUCAUCCUUACUUCGUCUUGUGCCCGUAUGCUGCCCAGCCGUAGGGGGUACCACAGCGUCUCGCGCUCGCCCAACGGGAGGAGUCGGAACCGCGAUGACGAAAACAGGCUGAUCGACUCUCUCGAUGAGGAGUGGGAUGAUUAG